AUGCCCCAUGGAAAACCUGAUCGUUUAUUUUCUCUUGUGCGCAUGGAAUCGCUACUGGACAAAAGCCACAGCAGCAAGGAUGUACUUGAUAUCCUAGUAUCUAGUGGGCGUUCCCGGGCGCUGAUGACCUUAAACACGCCCGACCUACCGCCUGUUAAUAUUGCCUCUUGGCUAGCGGUCAUCGCCAAGGCCGUCCGAUGUGGGACGGAAAGGGCGAUGGUGAUAGACCUUCUCACUAUGGUUCUCGGCACCAGAUUCUUUACAAGCGAGAUUCCUGCCGCCUUGUCAAUUUUUAGAAGCAGCAAAUGUGAGGAGGACACUAUAAAAUUUAUUCAGAAUUUAGUAGACCUAAUCCACCAACUUCUUCUGUGUCUUCCACAUUCAAUCAUUGACGCUUUUGGACAUAUUGUGAUCGUAAAGAAAAUAACUGAUGACAUGCUGCUUACCACAUCAAGCAGUAAUAGACAGCACGUACAAUCAUUGUCCGAUUCUGUCUUAAAUUUGAAGGACACCGCUCAGGAAAGGAUGACUGCAUACGGCAAAGGUCGCAGUAAGACCAGAACUGAACGACAGCCUCCACCAGACGAUUUCCGAAGGAUUCCGAUAUUACCAGGGACAUCAGAUAUCUUCCUGAAUUCUCGCAGAGUAUAUCUGCGGGAAAACAAAGCUGUUGGAGGAUAUGAAAACCUCGAUCAUUAUCUUGACGUUCAGUUUCGUUUGUAUCGAGAAGACUGCAUCAGUCCGUUACGAGAUGGUAUCAUUGAAUAUGUAAGAGCAGUGAACGCAGGACAAAAUAUCGGUAGACUUCAAGAUGGAAAGCUGUAUAAGAAAAUAGUUGCCAUAUCUAAGGAAUCAACUAUAGAAGGCGAACAAUAUGUCAUAAAAAUGGACAAAGAACAUUCCAGUAAAAUAAACUGGAUGUCAAGUCAAAGACUUAUCUACGGUUCAUUGGUGUGUCUCUCUGCCGACAACUUUCACAAUAUGCAUUUUGCUGUAGUGUCCCAAUCAGAUCGUAGGGAUCUUCAAAAAAAGAGGGAAUUUUCAGUUGUAUGUCCUGGAAAUGAUAUCCUACCAUUCGAGAGGAACAUGACAAUGGUGGAAUCUUCGGCUUACUUCGAAGCCUAUAGGCACGUGCUUGCAGGACUACAGAACAUAGGGAAGGGAGAACUUCCCUUCGAAAAACAUAUAGUUGAGUGCAGAAAAGACGUAGACCCUCCAUUUUAUCUGGCAAAGAGAGAAACUGCUUAUGAUCUUCAGCCGAUUCUUUCGAAUCAAUUAAUAUUUAAAGGAAAAAGCAAUGUCAACAACAAUUCUAGAAAACGCUGUAUGGUGGGUACCCUAUUACCGAAAUCAGUGUGGCCACACGCGGAGAAGCUUCACUUAGAUCAAUCUCAAUUCGAGGCAUUCCACGCUUCUCUGACACAGGAGUUUGUCCUGAUACAGGGGCCGCCGGGAACAGGUAAAACUCAUGUUGGCCUUGCGAUUGCCAAAACCCUUCUUCAUAACAAAACUGCCUGGGCGACAGACGAGACGGAAAUAAAAGAUAAGAAGAAAAUUGAAAGAAAGUGCCCAAUGCUCGUGGUGUGUUUUACUAAUCAUGCGUUGGACCAGUUCAUGGAAGGGAUCGUUAAGUUCCUUGAUCCAAGUGCAAAAUCGUCAUGGAAAAAUGACAUUGUUCGUGUAGGAGGGCGAAGUGAAAAUACCACAAUAGAAGAGUUUUCACUGAAAAAACGUAGAUAUCUCUUCCGUGGGAGAGGAGUAGACGAAAAAGGAAUAUUUGACUCCGUGCAAAAUUUACAGCUAGGUAUUGCAAACAUUAAAUAUCGACUUGGAAAAUGCAAGUCAGUCAUUCUUGACGCUUCUCAUUUGAAACCAGUGAUGUCCGAGCAUACUUACAAAGCUUUUAAAGAGAAACGGUUUGGAUCCCAGCAACUUUUCAAAUGGCUAGGAGCUGACGAAAUCAGUUGGAUGCAAAAGGCUCAAACGGCAUAUUUCCAGCGGCUGGAGACGUUUCAAAGACGGCAAAUGUAUCCAGAAAUACAGAAAGAAGAGGAACUACUGGACGUCAAGACAGACGCCGAGAUAUUUGAAGAUGACAGACGUAUUGAAGACGAUACUGUUGCUAGCCUAAAGGUUGAAAAAGAUAUAGGCCUGGAUAUGAAAUAUUCAAUUUCAUCUAUAUUGCAAAAUGGUGAAAAUGUCUCAGAAACACCACAUAUGGAUGAUCUCUUCAAAGCAUUGAUUACAAAAGAAAUAACGAAAACUUUUGACGAACUUAAAUCAGAAGACAUCAUGACUGACAGGGAAGCAGGUUUUUCUUCAUCAUGGAACCUUGAGAAGUUGAGUUCAUAUGACAUAGAUAAUAGAUGGCGAUUAUACAGGUACUGGGUACGAAAGUUCAUGGCGGUAGAGGAGGAAAAACUUUCAACUUUAGAAAGGGAACUUUCUGAAACUCUUAAAGAUUACCAGAAAGAGAAAAAAAGGAGAGACGCUAUGAUUCUGAAGUCAGCUACAGUUAUAGCAAUGACAACAAGUGGCGCAGCGCGUUACCAUGACGUGUUGAAGGACAUUGGGCCCAGGAUCGUUAUUGUAGAGGAAGCUGCCGAGGUGUUGGAGACACACAUCGUGACCGCUCUCAGUCCGAAAUGUGAGCAUCUUAUUCUGAUCGGGGAUCACAAGCAAUUGGAACCAAAACCCUCUGUUUAUCGAUUGGAACAGGAGUACAAUUUGGGAGUAUCUUUGUUUGAGAGAAUGCUGAAUAAUGGCAUAGAAAAUCACUGUCUACAAAGACAGCACAGAAUGAGACCAGAAAUUUCAACACUUGUCCGUGAUAUAUAUCCCGUGUUAGAAGACAAUGAGAAUGUUUUCAAAUAUGAUCAUGUGAUGGGUAUUGAAAAAGAUGUCUUUUUUAUCAGUCACAAUAGUCAAGAGGACUUCGGAGGAGAUACAAGAAGCUUCUCUAACGCUCACGAAGCCUGCUAUGUCGUUGCCCUGUGCAGACACUUGAUGAAGCAAGGAUAUGCGCCAAACCAGAUAACAAUCCUGGCUGCCUAUUCAGGACAGAUGUUCUGCAUUAGGAACAAGAUGCCAAGAAAUGAAUUUGAAGGAGUACGAGCUGUUGCUAUAGACAACUUUCAGGGCGAAGAAACGGAUAUAAUCCUCCUUUCGCUAGUUCGAAGUAACAAAACAGGCAACAUUGGAUUCUUGAAGAGAGAAAAUAGAGUUUGUGUUGCACUUUCAAGAGCUAAGAUAGGACUGUAUGUCAUCGGAAAUUUUUCAAUGUUUAAAGCGGCAAGUCCUCUGUGGGAGAAAAUCAUAAAGAAAACGAAAUCAGCUCACCAGUUUGGAAACGCUCUACCAGUCGUAUGUCAAAAUCACCCACACACCCAUAAUCUAAUGACAUCUGCCACAGACUUUGACAAAUUACCCGAUGGUGGAUGUGACCGAAAGUGUGACUUUCGCCUUCCUUGUGGCCAUGUGUGCAGAUUAUUCUGCCACCCAACAGAUAAGGAACAUACUGAAUAUAAAUGUAAAGAGAUAUGCACGAAGACCUGCUCAAAAGGUCAUCCAUGUAAGAGAAGAUGCCAUUAUAAUGAGGACUGUAAAUGCCCAGUGCGAAUGGAAAAAGUUCUUCCGUGUGGGCACAGGGCGACUAUGAAAUGCCAUAUAUCAGCAAAAGAUUACAAAUGUGAAGUUAUAGUGGAACGAUCUCUUGCUUGUGGACAUGAAACAAAAAUGGAAUGCCAUGUAGAUCCUGUAAAGUAUCAGUGCAAACAAAUCGUUACACGAAAGCUGCCAGGUUGUCAACACACAGCAGAACUAGAGUGUCAUAUAGACCCCAUAACCUAUCAGUGCAGAAAAAUCGUUACACGAGAGCUAUAUGCAUGUAAACACACGGCAGAAUUAGAAUGCUGGGUAGAUCCAACGAAAUACAAAUGCACGGUCGAGGUAAUAAAAAUUAGAGAAGAUUGCGGACACAAUUAUGAUGUCGUUUGUAGCAGGUAUUCGCCGUCUUAUGAAAGGAACAACCAAUGCACUGUUGUUAUUUCAAAGAACUUCUCUGAAUGUCAGCAUCAAGUGGAGGUUGCCUGCUAUGUAGAUAUCAGCGAAAUGAAAUGCAGAACCAUCGUUAGAAAGCAAUGGAAGUGUUCACAUACCGCUGACUUACAGUGUUGGAGCUAUAAAGAAGCAAAAUGCGAACAAAAAUGUUUACGAAAGUGUUCAAUAGGACAUAAGUGUUAUAAGACAUGUCAUUAUCCUGAGAAUUGCAUUUGCAAACAUCUUGUCGAUAAGGCAAUGCCAUAUUGUUGUCAUAUUCAACAAAUUAUGUGUCACAUAGAUCCCAGUAGUAUAGACUGUCCUGAAAUUGUCAGUAAAGAACUUCCCCGCUGUGGACACGUGAUGGAAAUGCCAUGUCAUGAAGAUCCAAAUCAAAUGAAAUGCAUGAAAAUCGUCUCAAAACGUAUAAAGCUGUGUGGACACUCAAAAGAAAUGGAAUGCUUUUUGGAUCCCAGCGAAUUCAAGUGCACCUCUCUGGUUGAAAAAGUUCUUCCCAAAUGUGGACAUAUCAAAACCUUAAAAUGCUCUGCUGAUCCAAACAAUCACAAAUGUGAUCAAAACGUACGCAAAAAACUUCCAUGUGGCCACGAGACCAACAUGAAAUGUUGCCAAUAUCCGGACAAGUCCACUCCUUGUCAUGUGAAGGUGAAAGUGUCCAGACAAAUAUGUAGCCAUACAGUAGAAGUUGAAUGUUCUAAGAAGACCAGCAUUGACCCAAAUAAGUUGAAAUGUUACAAAAUGACAAAAAAGGAACUGAUGUGUGGACACGAGCGUUCCGUGGAAUGUUGGAAGUCAGACUUAAAACAGCAGUGUCACCAGAAAUGUUCAGUUACGCUAUUGUGUGGACACCUUUGUGGAGGUGAAUGUAGAAAAUGUUCGAAAAGUCUCUUCCACGAGAAUUGUCAAAAUUUAUGUUACAAAGCCCUUAUCUGUGGCCACACAUGCCACAAGAAAAAGUGUGGCUCAUGUCAACCAUGUGAGAAGCAGUGUGAGAAUUACUGUUCGCACCGUCACUGUGCACAUGCUUGUGGAAGUGAGUGUGGUCCUUGUAAGGAUAAGUGCUCGCUUGAGUGUCCACAUCACAAAUGUUCUCGGCUAUGUUACGAGCAGUGCGAUCGACCACGAUGUAACCGUCGUUGUCCUCAGAUACUGAACUGUCAACAUAGAUGUGUUGGAUUUUGUGGUGACCCGUGCCCUACAAACUGUGUCAAGUGCGGAAUCACAGACAUACAGGAAGUCGACGUCCUGAAGUCGACUUCAGACAACGUGCGCAUAGUACGAUUAGUGGACUGUGGACAUGAGUUCGAAUCCAGUUAUUUAGACCAUGUCGCUGAUGGAGUGACUAAUCCAUUGGACAUUUUUAGGUGUCCAAAAUGCCAAGAAAUUGUUCGAUGGCAUCCGAGAUAUGCCAAUGUGUUGAAAAUGCAACGAGAAGCAAUAGACUCGGUCAAAGGCAUGAUAAAACUACAAGAUGCACAAGGAUGUAUACUGAAAAAAUCAUUUCCAAAAGAGCAGGGAGAUAUUCAAGAUGUCAAUGUAUAUAUCAAAAGAUUCCAUACCUUCUUAUAUAUUUGGGAGAAGCUUCAUGACAGGACGACUGAGGUUGAAUUAAUACUUCAAUGGGCUGUUUCGUUUACGAAAAUGUUUGGACAGUUGCUAAACAGUUCACCUCACAACAUAUUAAUGACACUGGAACAAGUACAUUCCAUAAAUAGGAACAUGUGUAAGUUGUCUGCAGUUUGGCUUCUGUUUAUUAGCAGUCAGUGGAGAAACAAAUCCUCCGACAUUCAGGUCGAAUCCACGACAACUGUGCAGCCAACAUGUGACAAAACGAUAAUUAAUGUUCUAGAGGAACAAAACAACAUCAGUGAGGCAGAGGUCUUCAUUCGAAAAACUGACACAUUUUCUCAAUCAAGUCUACAGAAAGUGCGUCAACUGCUCCAUCCAUUUUUGACAAAUACCUCGGAAUCAACCAUUGCUCUUAAUUUCCCAAUAUUGGCAGCUUUUGGUAUUCACAAAGACGACUGGAUAAUUUGUGAUAAAGGCCAUCCCAGACCAUCAAACAUCUGGAGCAAGACAUGCUCGAAGUGUUCCCGUAAAAAUGAUUUUAAACAGCGUGAACUGAAAAUAGACGAUUUAAGAGGAGAGGAUGGGUGUGGGAGAAGUCACAACCAUACACGUGGUAUAGGAAGUGACCCAAAAAUGCCUACAGGACGCGGACGAGCACGAAGGCGAAGCCGAGGCCGAGGAAACCAUGAUGGAUCAGUGAAAUUUGUGCAAAGUAGAGGGGAAGGAGAAUUCAAGGCAAAAAGUGAUGGUAGAAAUGAAAGACAUUUGCGUGAUGAGGGUGAUGAGAAAGAUAAACAGGUGCGUGGUAUUGGACAUGGCAGAGGAAGGAAUGGGAAAAUGGGUAAUGUGGGCGAAAAAAAGGGAAACAUGGGUGUAGACGACAGAAAAGCCAUAAGUAAAGGGGAUGGACACAACUGGGGUAGGGAAAAUAAGGAAAGAAAUGUCGUCGGUAGCAAAGGAAAGGGUGAUGAAGGCAGAGAUAAAAAAUGGGGUCAUGGGUGUGAUACAGGAGUGCAGAGACACGAUUGUGAAGAAAGUGAUGACGGGGGACACAAUGGGAAACCUAGAAUAGGGCAUGGUAGAAGGCAAGGCAGAAAACAAAGUAGUGGCGGAACCAUUCCUAUUAGAGAUAGUAAUGAUAGAGUAGCAAGCGGAGAAAGUAUAUCAGAGCGAGGAAAAAACAGAGAGGACGGUACACAGCGUCGGCGAGGACGAGUACGUUGUCGAGGGAGCACAAGAUCACUGCGUGAAGUAGGUUGUAAUGACAGUGGUGACGACAAAGGGGGACUUAGUAAUGAUACAGGAGACAAAGACCACCAAAAAAGGGGGAAAUGUGGAAGGCGUAGUGGAGUGAGUAAAGAGGAAAGUGGUGCAAUGAAUACGCAAAGGAAAGAAGUAGGGAAUAAUGGAGAAAGUAACAGAGGACGAGGAAAUGGUGAGCGCGGCAGGGGAAUUAGAGGUGGGCGUGGUAGAGGAAGUCGAGGUGGACGUGGCAGAGGAAGAAGGGGCCAAGGUGGAAGAAGUAAUUAG